GUUACCCCCACUUGUAGCGCAAAAAAAUAAGCCUUUUUUAUGAAUUUUUUUAAAGAAAACUACAAAACCUUUUUAAUCUAUAACUAUAUCAUCUUAAAGAACACAUAUUGAAGAACUUUUAGUAAUUUUUUUGUUAAAAAAUAUUACAUAGUUAAGUGUCAAACUGCCGUCAACGAAAUAAUAUUUUUAUUUAUACGGUUUGCGGUGACCAACAUUGCGGCGAAGUGAAUCAUCGGAAUCAAAAAAUGUGGAUAAAUUUAGUCAAAUAUGAGUAUAAACUAGUCUUUAAUCGAAGGAUUUAAAAAAAUAUUUAUUUUUCACAAAAUGGCUGACAGUCUAAGUUAAAAGUUCGAUUUUAACGAAAAAAAACGUCCGUUUUUUGGCUAUAAAACGGACAUUUUUUUUCGAAAAAGAAAAUCGAACGAUUAAAGACUACAUUUUUAUGUAUUAAAUAAGCCUGCAAAAUUUCAAGAAGAUCGGUUCAUUAGUGUUUGAGUAAUCUUGGUCACCGACUUCAGAAAUGCCAUUUCGAGAAAAACGCGUUUAAAGUUUCAAUUUCAGUUUCCACGAAGAAAAUAAUUUUUUUGUAAAGUUACAUAGAAUCAACUCCGGUAAGUGGGAGUACGUAAUAGUUUGGUUUCCAGAAGUAGGCUGAAAAGUCAUGGUGGUAAUUAAAAAAAAGAUAUUCAUUUUAUCGAUGCAUAUAUGUAUAUACAAAUCAGUAUAUAUCAGUCUCUUUCGUCUCUUUCAAAGCUCAUAUCUCAGUCAAUUUUGUUGGAAUUGACUUGAAAUUUUCAGGACAUACUUUCAGUUACUUAUGCUUCAAAAAAAUGCAAUAAAAGAAAAAUCGAUUUUUUCAAAGUUGCAAGUGGGGGUAACCCCUUAAAUUUGUUCAUUGUCCCGAUUGAACACUUUAAAUAUUGAAUUUUUGCAAACGUGAAUAUUUUGACAAUUUUAAACCCAUUCGUUCCUUACAUUCAUUGAUAUAAUACUGUAAUGCAUUAUUGACGGAAAUAAAGACUUCAGCUUAGAGUAAUGUCUUGCAAUAGUAAACAUAAUUGAUAGUGUAUAGUGUUACGUGUGGAAUGUGUUAUCAGUGAUACCUCUGGAGCAAAUAUCUGCAUCAUCGUAGGUAUGACUUUAUUGUUCAUUGACUUCUGUUGUCCUUGAUAAUAUGUGUCACUAAACCUUUAUUUCUUCCUUUUGUCUUGAAUGUCAUGUGAUCUUUCAAUUAUCCAUCAGUACUUAAACGAUAAUCAUGCAGAGCAGACCAUCUUCUGCAGAAACAGUUAUUUAUGAAGAUUUUCUGGCAGGUAUGUAGUAGAUAAAUUUUUCUUUAAAAUAAUCUCGUUUCUAAUUAAUUAAUUAACAUCUAAUUAAUUUCGUUUUUUGUAUAUUUAUUAUUCUUUUUCUAGGACGGUUUCCUCCACGAUGUCCAGUUCGACGAGACGUAUUUCUGGAUCGAGUCAUGACUACAUCCCUUGUGUUAUAUCACAACGUUCAGGUGAUACAGCAGUUGAUCGAGUUGACCAGAAAUAAUCCUUUGGCAAUACACCACAAGACUAGGACUCGUCGAGAUAGGAAAAAAGAUGUCCCAGGUGUUGCAGAUCCAGAGGAACUACGCACUUUGCAGGCAGAGACUCUGGAAACGUCUGCAGCAUUUGAUCAACUAAUGAGUUCAGUGAGAAAUCCUAGACGCCUUCAAGAGUGUUGGUGUGGAGAAUGCCCACUUCAAAGGCCAGAAAAUAUAGCAGGUAAUAAUAGUGAGGCAUCUGCAGUAUCCGGUCCUUUCCCAAUUCAAGAAUUUUCAAUAGCGGAGUCCGAGAUGAAAUUUAAAGAUGAAAUUUUGGACAUCGAAAUGCCGUUGUUUCAGGAAGUUAGACUGAAUGAAGAUGAUCGAUUUUCUGGAGGCCAAACCUACGAAGAAGAAGAUCCUCUCCAAAUUUAGACUGUCGGUGUAGUGAAUUGUUUUAGUGUAAAGUGUAGUGUCAUUAUUAUUUUUCUUCUCUCUUAUAUAUAUAUUUUUUUUGGUAUGUGUAAAUAUGUGAGUAUUUUAAAUAUAGUUUGUUUACAUUGUAAUAUACAUAUCCUUUUAUAUAAUUUUCAUUAAACACAUUUUUUAAUGCUUCCGUCUUUGUUUCCCUUUUU